ACUGCGCUACGACGUGACCCCCUAGCGUGACGUGACUUGCGUGCGUACGGGUGGGACUUGUCUCGUGAAGCGCGUUGUUGUGUUGGGGGGGAUGAGCGAGCGCAGGGAAAAGCGCGCCGCUGCCCUGGGCUGCCCCGCGGCGAGCGACUCCAGUCCGCCAACGGUCCCUGAGAGCAAAAUUCUUUUACCCUCACGGUAGAAACUGGAUGCCGAAACGUUCCCCGGGGGGCGCGGAGAGCACCGGAACGGCUUCCCUUUUUCCAAUCACCGCAGAAUAAAGAACCGAAAGUAAUCGCCCGUUGCAUGAGAACACUGUGUACGGAGUUGCCGACGCUCAGCGGGCCUGCGCCGCCAUCGCUUUGAAAGGGGCUCCAGGUUAGCGACCGUCUUCAGCCAGCGAAAGUGUUCGCAGAGCCGAGCAACACGGAUCUUCAAGAUGAGGAAGAAAGCUCGGCACCAACGAGUCCCAGUGCCUCAAAGGUCACCGUCUCCCAUUAAGCCGUCCCCAAACAAGCAGAUCUUGACCUAUGCCCAGGCACAGCGCAUGGUGGAGAUGGAGAUUGAUGGUCGUGUCCAUCGACUCAGUAUCUAUGAUAAGCUGGGUGUGGUCUCUGAUGAUGAUCCCAUGGUGCAGGAGAUGAUGGAGUGCACCAGCAACAAAGAGAAUACAGAGAAACCCCAGCAGCAGGUCCUCCUGAGGUCUGUCCGGCUUAAAAACAACCAGGAGAAGAGGAAUGCGGCACUAGGAAUAACCAGUCAUGGGAAAGGAGUGGGACAUCAUGCCAGUUGCAAUGUGGGACCAAAGCUCCCAGAACCAAAGUUUCGUACAGUGGAGUAUAACCUGCCUGCAGUUCCCAAGCGACCAGCUGCGUUUUAUAAAUUUAUGGAGAAGACAGAGGAAGAGCUGGAUGAGGAAACUGAAUAUGACAUGGACGAAGAGGAUUAUGCAUGGCUGGAUCUGGUCAAUGAGAAGCGGCGGAGUGAAGGGGUCAGCCAGGUUUCUCAUAAUGUCUUUGAGUUCCUGGUGGACCGAUUUGAGAAGGAGCUUCACCUGGAGAGCCUGGGUCAAGGCGCGGAGCAGCAGGUUCCCAUCGAUGAGGAUGCCGUCUGCUGCAUCUGCAUGGAUGGGGAGUGCCAUAACAGUAACGCUAUUCUGUUCUGCGACAUGUGCAACCUGGCAGUGCACCAGGAGUGUUAUGGCGUGCCCUACAUCCCUGAGGGCCAAUGGCUGUGCCGGCAUUGCUUGCAGUCGCCCACCCAGCCAACAGACUGCAUCCUCUGUCCCAACAAGGGUGGAGCAGUGAAAAAGACGGACGACGGCCGCUGGGGUCAUGUGGUGUGCGCCCUGUGGGUUCCUGAGGUUGGCUUUUCCAACACAACCUUCAUUGAGCCUAUCGAUGGGGUCAGCCAUAUACCCCCUGCACGCUGGAAGCUCACCUGUUACCUCUGCAAGGAGAAAGGUGUCGGUGCUUGCAUCCAGUGCCACAAAGCCAACUGCUAUACUGCCUUCCACGUCAGCUGUGCUCAAAAGGCUGGCCUCUUCAUGAAGAUGGAGCCAAUCAAGGAGGUAACUGGGUCGGGCGAGCCUACAUUCUCUGUGAGGAAGACUGCAUAUUGUGGGGCGCACACACCCAGUGGCUGUGUCAAAAGGCCUCUCACCAUUUACGAUGAUGCAAAACCCAAAAACGGACUAUGUAAGAAAGUGGAGAGGGGAAAAGGAACCAGGAGGAGAAAAUCAAAAGGGAAACGGCAGAAGAAGAGUAAGAACUCAGAGCCUGAACCUGAAGAAAUGCUUUCAACGGUUGUUCCUAAUUUUCCCCCUCACAGGUUACAAAGUAUUCUAAAUCAGGUGUCAGUCCAGAAGAAGAGGGCGUUUGUAGAUCUGGUCUUGAAUUACUGGACACUGAAGAGGCAAUCAAGGAAUGGACUACCCCUGAUCAGGCGCCUUCAGACAAGCAUGCAGUCCCAGAAGAGCUCACAACCGAGGCAAAGUGAGGAGGAGAGUAGGGCUCUAAAAGAGCAGUUAAAGGAGUGGCAUCGUCUCCGACAUGACCUGGAGAGAGCCCGGCUGCUGCUGGAGCUGAUACGUAAGAGAGAGAAGCUCAAGAGGGAAGAGAUGAAGUUGCAGCAAACCCUGCUGGAGAUGCAGUUGACUCCUUUCAGUAUUCUGCUCAGGACACUUCUGGAUAAGCUCCAGGAGAAAGACCAGGCCAGGAUCUUUGCCCAGCCCGUCGACAUCAAUGAGGUUCCCGACUACCUGGACCACAUCAAGAACCCAAUGGACUUCGCCACCAUGCGGCAACGCAUCGAUGCCCAGGGCUAUCACAACUUGGAUCAGUUUGAAAAUGACUUCAACCUCAUUAUUGACAACUGCAUGAAGUACAACUCCAAAGACACCUACUUCUACCGGGCUGCCAUGCGCCUCCGUGACCAGGGAGGGGCCUUGCUCAGGAAGACACGGCGCGACGUGGAGAGAAUUGGCUUUGACGUGGAGAGUGGUAUGCACCUGGUUGAGGUCCCCAAGAUUGAAGCACCACCACAGUUUUCUUGGGAGGAUGUGGACCGUAUACUGGUUCCAGCCAAUCGAGAGCAUAUGUCUCUUGACAAGCAGCUACACCAGCUCCUGGAGAAGUUUGACCUUACUUGUGCCAUGAAGUCCAGCCCGUCCCGCAGCAAGCGCCUCAAACUGCUCAAAAAGACCAUCAACGAUGUGCGCAAUGAGAUGAGCUUGAAGAGGGUCUUGCCCUCCCACCUCCACACUCCUUCAAUCUUUUCUUCCUCUGCUUCCUCAUCCUCAGCCUCCUCUUCAGCUUUUCCCUAUCCACAGCUGGGUAAAGCUAAUGAGGAGAGUGUAACAACCAAUGGGCACUUCCCAGAUGAUGAAGGAGACAAGUCCCUUCCUCCCAAGCUGGAGCUGUCGGACUCCAUUCCUCCUCUUAUUCACACAGAUGGAGACCCUGAGCCUCCCACCCUCAAACCAAUCGACGCCGCCCCUGACUGCAAUGAAAAGGCCCACAGCAAGCGAGUUAAGUUCGACGGGGACAAACCUGAUGUGCUGUCCCCUCCCCCACGCCUCAAUGGCCAUUGCCACACUGACUCCAACUCACACAAUCCCUUGCUGGCUGGAGAAGUGAGUGUGGUGGCAACAUCAACGCUCGCCGAGCCCACUGGCACAGUCAGCCGACGAACUGCCGUGCUCUUCCGCAAGUCAAAGAGUGCCAGCCCCCAUAAGCCCCAGCGUGGUGGAGGUGACAACAGUGCAGGAGCAUUGGAAGGGGAAGGGGACGCUGGAGGGGAAAGGAAUGAGACCAUGGAAGAGGAUGAGGAGGGUGCUCAGCUGGGCUCAAAGUCCAUCCUGUCGGUGGUCAUCCCCAGGCUAGAGACUCUACUCCACAGCAGGAAAAGGAGGCGCAGUGGCAGCGGGGACAGAGACGACGAGGAAGACAAAGAAGGGGAGGGAGAGGUGGAGAGAGGGGGCGAGUCCCCAGUCAAACAACUGGAUUCAGGCCUGUCCAAUGGUUUCAUGGAGGACGGGGAGGAGAAGGAGCUAGAAGGCAGUAGACCCCUCAAGCCGCGGAGACGAUGUGCCUCUGAGUCCUCCAUAUCGUCCUGCAGCAGCCUACAGGGCAGUACCAGCACCACUCUCAGUCUUCCAAAAUGUGGGAAGGGGAAACCUGCUCUGGUACGGAGGAACACUGUGGAUGACAAGAGCGAGCUUAUUGCCUGCAUCGAAAAUGGGAAUUUUGCAAAAGCAGCCCGAAUCGCCGCUGAGGUUGGCAACAGCAGUAUUUGGAUGCCUGCUAGUGCUUCAACAGUCGCACUGGAACCCCUAAAGCUAGUUUGGGCCAAAUGUAGUGGAUACCCCUCCUACCCUGCCUUGAUCAUAGACCCGCACAUGCCGCGGGUGGGCUGCCAGCACAACGGGGUAUCCAUUCCCAUGCCACCCAUGGACGUGCUUCGCAUUGGGGAGCAGAUGCAAUACAAGGCCGAAGAGAAGCUCUACCUCGUUCUGUUCUUUGACAACAAGCGCAGCUGGCAAUGGCUUCCUAGGUCCAAGAUGGUCCCUCUGGGGAUGGACAAAACCAUAGAUAAGAUCAAGAUGAUGGAGGGGCGUACAUCCAGCAUCCGCAAGGCUGUCCAGAUAGCCUUCAGCCGUGCCAUGAACCAUCUGAGCAUAGUGCAGGAUGAGCCAGUGAGCGACCUCAGUGAUGUGGACUAAUGAC